AUGGAUUCCUCCGGAGGUUCCCCAUCGUCCGUAAUGGAAGAAACUGAAAAACCUUCAUCGUCGAAUGUGCCACCAUGGAAAAGAAUAUUUGGAGGCAAAUCGAAGGAAGAUGCGCAGACCAACCGGCCACCAAAUUAUCGUCCAACUUCGACCUUGGGAAUCUUGAGCGAUAAGCAAACAGACGAGGUACCAGGAACGGUACUUCUUUUGUCUGCCAACCGAAAUGAACCUCUGGGAAUGAGGCACCAGCCGCAACGGAUGUCGACUUCAUCACUGCCUACCAGUAAUCCACCCUCGCGCUCGUCGUCCCGGAACGUUGCUUCACGUAUAAAGCGUACCGCUGAUGGAGAGAUUGUAUUGGAACCACAGCCGGACGACUCAGUUAACGAUCCUCUGAACUGGCCGGUGUGGCAACGAGAUGCCGCAUUAUUCUCCCUAGGAUUUUAUUGUCUGAUGGGAGGAGGAAUGACGACCAUCUUGGCAGCAGGAUUCAAUGACAUUGCGGCGACAUAUGGUGUUUCUGAACAGAAAGUGGCUUUUACUACCGGUCUGUACAUGAUGGGAUUGGGUCUCGGAUCAGUGGUCAUGUCUCCAACAGCAAUUCUGUUUGGGAAACGCCCCGUCUAUCUCCUGGGUGCGACUCUCUUCGUUCUCUCAGGAAUAUGGUGUGCUCUGUCACCCAAUUACCCGAGUCUGGUGGUCGCUCGGAUCUUCCAAGGGUUCGCCGUAAGCCCUGUGGAAUGUCUCCCGUCGGCUACAAUUGCAGAAAUCUAUUUCCUGCACGAACGAGCAUAUCGUGUCGGCAUAUAUACCCUAUUAUUGCUUGGAGGGAAGAAUCUCAUUCCUCUGGUGAGCGCAGCUGUGAUUGGAAGUCUUGGUUGGCGAUGGGUAUUUUGGAUUAUCUCCAUGGUCGUUGGUGGUUGUUUUGUUUUGUUAUUUUUCUUCGUCCCAGAAACAUUUUGGGAUCGCACUCCUCGUCCUCGACGGCCACAUAAGCGUCCACAUGCGCAUCGAACAGUUUCUGAUUUGAUGACCCUGGGGCUUAGGGGACGUCGACCUCAUGCCGAAGCACCCUUGCCACCAGCGGAUGGUACUGCAUCACCGAUCUCAAGGAAACAUAAAAAUGCCCACGUUGGUUUCGCGAAUGAUGUUCCGAUAGAUGAGAAGUCAACCCAGGAACAUCAUGGAGAACAAGCCCAUGAUAGCGAGGAUCAUGUCGCCGAUCAUGUCGCCAAUGAUCAGGCUUCUACCAACUCACCCCACGAAGAAAUUCGACCAAGUGACGUCGUGAUAGCUGAGCCGCGACCGGCCCAUCCUGCACGUAGCCAAAGCGACAUAGAAGCUGCGUACCAUGGGAGCACCUCGCCUUCGCGCAGUGUCUCCCUCGAGCCUGGAGGUUCUCUCACAUCAACUUUGCAAUAUACGAAUCGACUGCGCGACCGCCCAAAGGUCCCUUACGUGAGCUUGCUUUCCGUGUGGAAUGGGCGAAUCGCUCAGGAUAAAUGGAUCAAGAUCGCUGCUCGACCUUUUGUACUAUUCGCCUAUCCAUCAGUCCUGUGGUCAGCGGUGGUGUACGCCCUCUCUGUCGGAUGGCUUAUUGUGAUCUCCGAGUCCAUCUCCAAAAUCUUUGAAAGUAAAGAGACUUAUGGCUUUACUCCCCUCCAGGCAGGUUUGAUCUAUAUCUCACCUUUCAUCGGUGGGCUUCUUGGAACUGCAGUUGCAGGAAAGGUAUCGGAUAUUGUCGUUCGCUACCUCACUCGUCGCAAUGGCGGGAUUUACGAGCCCGAGUUCCGAUUGGUGAUGGCAAUUCCGAUCGCACUGUCGACGACGAUUGGAUUAAUGGGAUUUGGCUGGAGUGCACAAGUUAUGGAUGCAUGGAUUGUGCCGACAAUUUUCUUCGGUCUGAUAUCUUUUGGCUGUUGCUUGGGUAGUACAACUGCUAUUACCUUUUGUGUUGACAGCUAUCGCCAGUAUGCUGGAGAAGCCUUGGUGACGUUGAACUUCAGCAAAAACGUUCUCCAUGGCCUUAUUUUCUCCCUCUUCAUCGUGGAUUGGCUAGAUACCGAUGGAUCGCGAACCGUCUAUCUAAUUAUUGGUGGCAUCCAACUGUUUUGUCUUUUGAUGACGAUUCCGAUGUAUAUGUAUGGUAAACGCGCUCGCAUGUGGACAGUUCGCAAGCGCUUGAUGGAGCGGCUUUGA